CGCAGGCUGGCAGGUCACGUGGCCGGGGCGCACCGCCCGUUGUGGCCAUGGAGGCCGCAGUUUCGAGUGUGGUGAGGCGAGUGGAAGAGCUUGGUGACUUGGCUCAGGCUCACAUCCAGCAACUGAGCGAAGCCGCGGGUGAAGACGAUCAUUUUUUAAUUCGGGCCUCUGCAGCUCUAGAAAAGUUGAAACUCUUGUGUGGAGAAGAGAAAGAAUGUUCGAACCCAUCCAGUCUUCUAGAACUUUACACACAGGCUAUUUUGGACAUGACAUAUUUUGAGGAAAACAAGCUGGUAGAUGAAGAUUUUCCUGAAGACUCUUCUUUGCAGAAAGUGAAAGAACUGAUCAGUUUUCUUUCAGAACCAGAAAUUUUAGUUAAAGAAAAUAAUCUGCAUCCAAAACAUUGCAAUUUGCUUGGAGAUGAGCUACUGGAAUGUCUCUCUUGGAGACGAGGAGCUCUACUGUAUAUGUAUUGUCACUCUCUGACUAAAAGAAGAGAAUGGCUCUUGAGAAAAUCUAAUUUACUUAAAAAGUACCUUGUCGAUGGGAUCAAUUACUUGCUAGAGAUGCUAAACUACCGGUGUCCUAUCCAGUUAAAUGAAGGAGUUUCUUUCCAAGACCUGGACACAGCUAAAUUACUGAGUGCAGGAAUAUUUAGUGACAUUCAUUUGCUGGCUAUGAUGUACAGUGGAGAAAUGUGCUACUGGGGUUUGAAAUAUUGUGCAGAUCAGCAACCAGAUAAUCAUGAAGUAGAUACUGGUAUUCCUGGAGCCAGCUGCACUACAAACAAAGAACCACUGGAUUUUCGAGAAGUAGGAGAAAAAAUUUUGAAGAAGUAUGUGUCUGUGUGUGAAGGACCCCUGAAAGAACAAGAGUGGAAUACAACAAAUGCAAAACAAAUUUUAAACUUCUUCCAGCAUCGCUGUACCUAGUAGCUCAUGUAGUCCUUUUUAGUGAGGAAGACAAAAGACCUAUGAAAUGGAUAAAAGGUUUAACAGAAAAUAAGGCAUAUUGAUACUAAUUCUAAAAAUAUUACACUACAUAAAGCUACCAAGUAGGUCACCUUUGUUAAAGUACUAUCAUCAUCUUUCAUUAUAUAUUCUUAAGCCUAUGUAGAAAUAAUUGUUUAAUUUCUAAACUGGUGUAUAUAUUAUUCUAUCUCUCUUUGAACUCUAGAUAUCCUGUCACUAGUAAGGAAAACCCAUGUUAGCUUUAGUGUGGUUUGUUUUCCCCUAGUAUGUUAGUUAUUUUAAAAUGUGAUAAAGUUUAUAUAAUACAAAAUUUAAAUUUCCUGUCCUGAAGUUUGCCAUGUUUCAAGUAUUAAAAUCAGUUCAUCUCAUUUCUUUGAUUACCUAAUGAUAUAAAUGUAGGCAAAAAUGAAAAAUUAUGACUAAUAUUUAGACUUAAUUUGUAAUCAUGUAAAUAACAAAAGGCUCCUCAAAGGAAUCAUUUGUGUUUAUUUUGCCAUGUAUUACUAGUCUUGUUUAAAAUUUUUACUUUUAGAUAUUUUAUAAAAAUGUAAAAAAUUAUUUUCCUAUUUUAUUUAAAAUACAUGUUUUCUCAAGUAAUGAAGAUGAAAACCAACUUAAGUUAGUCCAUAUCCUAUUAUAUGUUUUCAUACUGUUUUGAAAUUUUAAUAGUUUUUGCUUUUAAUAGUUGGUGAAAUACUAAAGGUCAAGGAGCCUAACUUGAUAACUUGCUCACUGUCUUUCUGUCUACCUCAACUCCUGCUGUUAUCUUGGGCUGAUGUGUUUGAAACCUUGCUAUAAUCUAGACUUCUGCCCAAAUGACUUUAUCACAUCCCAGCAAUCUCCUCCAUGGGUAUACCUUGGGCCCCAACUAUCUUGAGUUAGACUUCUGAAAUCUUCAGUUUGAGUAACUGAUGGCAAUUCUUACCCUACCAGCUUUUUUGUCUUUAAAUUGAUUGACUUAAUUUUCUUUAUUUUUUAUUCUACAAUGAGUGGCUUCUUCACAGCAUUCUUAAGUGUUCCCCCUAGUACUACAGUGUCAUCCUCUUUCAGAUGCUUGUGCUUCCCUGAGUGCCCUCAGCUUCAUGUAGGCAUCAUAGAAGCUGCUAUUACCAGUUGCUCCCUCUCCUGUCUUACCCCUCAACCAACUCUUACGCCCUUGAUAUGAAAUAUAUCCCCUUAUUGACCUUUUCUAAGAUAAUUCAUGUGAAGAGCAUACAAUCAUUCACAUUGAGACCACUAAAAGUGUCUCACUUCAGUUUUUGAAAAGCUAUCACUAAAAGCCUUUGGUUUCUCACUAGGGUGGCCUUCAUAUCUUUUCCCACUGUAGCUGAGUCAGAAACUUACCUUUUUCAAACUCUCUCCCCUUCUCCCUACCAUAGAGAAAGUUAAGGCUAGAAGGUCAACUAAUAUUAGCCACAUUUACUCAUUUUCCCCGUUUUAGAAAAAAAAGGUUAUUUACUUCCCAUUGAAAGCUAAUGUAUGCUACAAGACUUCAUCUAUGCUAUUUCUUUCAUUUCUUUUGUCACUUCUCAUUUUGUGUUUACUUUUUUAAUAUGUUGAUCUUUCCUAAAGUUCCGUUCUCUUCCUUUCAUUUUUUUUCUCCUUUUAUACUAAAUCAUCUUGUUAUAUCAUUUAUACCAGUUGCUUUUGCUGCCAUCUAUAAACCAGGCUGACUCAAACCAGUACUAUAACCCAAGCCUCCCUCACAUAGACAAACAGCCUGUGUAAUUUUAAGUUUGGGGUAUCAAAGCAAAUUGUCAUCUUCUAUGCAGAAUGUUUUAUGCUUCAUGUUUUUCUUAUUUUUGGAUCAACUGUAGAGCAGAAAAUACAGAAUGCCUGCCUUCCCAGUCCGCUGUCUACUAUAUGUUCCAUUGCAGUGUUCCUCAAACAGUGAAAAUGUAGGAUCCUUUCUGGUAAAAUUCUAAAAGCACCUUUGGGGCCAGAGCAAGCUCUCCUUAUCCCUGCCCAGGGAGGAAGAUCCCCGUGGCCUAUCUUUACACAGUCAAAAAGUUUUUUAUUCAGUUAGCAUUCUAGCAGGUUGUGUUAUGUAAAUAACUUUGUUUCCUAAGUAUAAAGAUCUAAUUAUUUUUAAUGUGGUUUUCAAAAGCACAGACUGUCUUUCACUUUGGAGAAUGUGGUCAAGUUCUUCCAGUUCCUUUCUCAAAUGUACUUGUAUUUUUUUCAGCCUCACUAUUGUUUUAGGCAUCCUUACUUCUGUGCCCUUCUUUGUGGCCAAAUGAAUACAUACUUAUCUUUUAGGGUGUAAGUUAAGGAACACUGUGUCCAAAGGUUGUUUUUUUUUUUUUUUUUUAGCUCUUUCUACACAAAAUUAGAUGUUCCUUUGUUGUUUCCUCACUCUUCUUUUCCCAGUUAACAAACUUAACCAUAUUGCUUUAUCAUGAAAGCCAUAUUUAAAACAUUUACCUUUAUAGUGUUCAGUGCAAGAUAGAUCCUCAUUGUUUUCUUUUAAUGAGGCAUGAUUCUAAGUGCCAACCUGCACAAAAGGGUUACUGUUACUAGAUUUCAAACUGCCAUGCCCUGUACACUAGUGGCUAACAAG